ACUUUUAAACACUACACAUUUGGACUCUAUAUCGAACGCAUAUUAUCCACAGAUGGAUACUUUACAAAAAUCAGCACUUGGUUUGGAAAGUACUCCAUCCAUAUCAUUAGAAGUACAACUUUCACCAUCAACAGAUUCGCAGCAAACCAUAUUUAGUCAUCCACAACCUUUACCCCUGUCACACUCACUAAUCAAUGCACCUUUGAUACAACAAAAUAAACAAGAAAAACAACCCCAGACAAGCUCAGUAACAGAAGAAAUUGAUUUUGAAGCCUACACUGAUAUAGAGUUGCAGCGUCUUCAAACUGAACUGGAACGCAAGAUGCAUUUUUAUGAGGCCGAAAACAUCAUGUUUGAAAGCUACUUGUGUCGCGUCACGCCUCAAGGAAAAGAGGAUGAUAAAGGGGAUGCAAAUGGAUCAGUACGAACAGGUGGUGCAGGAACAAAUAUUGACAAUUCAGACUCUCAAGAUCGAGGAAAAGAUACUCGUCGUGAAAAAAAGAAGAAAAACGAAAAGGCUAAAGAAGCAGAUCGCCCAUUGCUCCUCACAUCCGAACAAAAGAGUGAGAUUGCUACAAGAGAGCUGGAAGAACUUAGAGACGAGAUUCAGCAUCAGCAGGAAGAGUGGGGCAAAGUCAUGGACAAUUACAAGGCUGAAAUUGAAGAGGUCGAAAUCCGUGUAUCGGAAAUCAAAAAAGCCAUGUACGAGUUUCGCAGAGAUAUUGUUCAGCAGGCCGUCAAUCAACGUACGGGCAAGGUCAUGGCUGAACGAGUCAUCAGAUACUUUGAAGACAAGAUCCGUGGAAAAGAUGCAACGAUUGAAAAGGUCCGGCUCAAGAACGUUACGCUAAAAGUUCAAAAAAACAAGCUUCAUUUGCAGUUGAAACAAAAAGAAGAGAUGGGUGAGGUACUGCAUGCAAUUGAUUUUGACCAACUCCAAAUCGAGAACAAACAGUACUUGCAGAAAAUUGACGAGCGUAACUCGGAGCUGCUCAAACUCAAAAUGACUGCCGGGAAAACAGUGCAAAUUCUCAACUAUUAUAGAAAAAAACUUCAAAUGCUAUCUUCCGAGUCGACAAGACUGCGAUCGGAGAUUGAACAACGCCAAGAUCUGCUUGGAAAAUUAAAUAGCGAAGCCCAAGUGGUAGACAAUGAUAGGCGCAAAAGCGAGAGAUUAAAUGGAUGGAUAUUAAAACAACUUGAUGACUACAAGGUUCCUGAUGUGAUGGACUAUGUAUUGGUCAAAGCAUCACAGCAUGAUCUAAACAAGAAACUCAAAGGAUGGGAGCGUAAAGUUGAGAUUGCCGCAAUGCAAGUCCAGAGAAUGCGAAAGAUCUGGCAACAAAUGAGCAUCGAGGCAGAAGGAAAUCGACAGGCUAGAAAGUUUGAAUCAAGUCGCAAGCAUCAAUCUCUGCAGCCUCUUGAGCUUCCCAAGAUUGGCAUGUACAACUGAUUUCUUAAAUCCAAGUUAGUCCAAGCGUUGGCAGAAACUCUGAAUUAUUAUCAGUCCUGAUUAUAGUAAUCCAUGACAGUCAAUAAUUAAAAGGUUUAAACUGAAGUUGGAUUGUUUUUAUUUAUUGGGUUCGGAAGCUGCAGGUUCAAAACCUGGUGUGUAGCCUGCUCCUGGGCCUUUAGCAUCCCUAAUCAAAUACUCUAGUUUUCUUUCCUUGACGGCUUUCUAUAGUCAUGGAUCAGUAAAGUAUAGUAUUAUCCCAUGAGUAUAUGAAUGAAGACAGCUGUAGUUCACAUCCAUCAACUAGAAUCAGGGUUACAACUGACCCACACACAGUUCCGGUAUUCUAAGAGUAUAGCAUCGCAUGAGGGUCUGUAGUCACCUUCCAGAAACUUUUCUGCAUACCAUUUGUUGAAGCAAGUAUCAUAUUUUUGUUUGAGUUCGUUGCACUGGGGGCUAAGUGAUGCCAUCACAGUUGAAAAUAAGAAUGAGAAUGC